AUGGGCAAACAUUUCAACCACGUUCAUAACCAGGGCAUGAAUAAUUCUGGCGCACAUGUGCGUAAUUCCACAAUGAUACGCUCCCAGCCUAGCCCAGCAAGACGAGUAUGGGUAAAACGAACCAAUGGGACACCAACAACCAUCAUGGUCCAAGAGAAUGAUAUUAUAGAUGAUCUAAAGCUUGCGGUAUGCAAUAAGUUUCCACAUUCUUUGGGUCAAUACUACGAUCCAGCAGAUCUUCGAAUUCAAAUUAGAGCUGAGCUACUCGAUAAGUCCGCUUUCCAGAGACGACUCGCUUCGAAGAAGACCCCAACAAAUCGAUUCAUGGAAGCUUCGGACGAGUCAUCCCUGAAGUCUCCCACUCCCACAAGCUACAGAGUUAAUCUUGAACCUGACCAAAAUGUCUGGGAGCUUUUGAGCGAAUGUUUUCCCAACUCUAUGUCCAUGGCAGAUGCUUUGGUUGUCGAUGUUGAUUUUGAAGCAAAAGAGCCAUUCCAAUCCACAGCACCUACGCCAUCAAGCAACAGAAUGUAUUCUAGAGUCGACGAUUUUAGUAACAAUCACUCUUCUAUCGAACGACCAAAUUCCCCUCGCCAGCAAUGGAUCAACCAAAAUAAAUUAUCUCCCUUGAGCUCCAUGAGCGACACAUAUCACCAACCUAAACCACAACAUCCAACCUCUAUGAAGCAUGGCAUAUUCGGCAAGAAUCUAUCUAUAUCUCCAACGUUCUCACAAAGGGUAUCGCCUAUACAUCCUCCGCUCCAUCAGCGUUCUCGUUCAAACCCUCCUCAGUCUCCGAUUACCUCCUAUAGCCAGGCUAAUAAAGCCAACAACUCCCAGGCAGUCCUUCUUAUACCAAAAAACUUCUCGUUUGGAGAGCAAAAUCAUUCAAAUUUGAAGAGAUAUUCCCUUGAUGAAUCUCUUGUGAACAAAAGAGAUGUUACAGAUAUCCCAUCGGCAACCGGAGGUGUCCAAAAGAAUAAUGAAUCGAACAUAACAAUAGGAGAUGGUCUAGAAAAAUCAUCGAGUUUCAAUCUGAACGUGAGUGGGUUUGACUCGAUGCCGCCCCCCAAUGAAAAUAAGAAACAAGAGAACCAGAAUCAAAAUUCAUCUGAAGAAACUGCGUCUAAAACCGUAAGACGGGCAUCAUCAGGGACAGCGCCUCAGAAGGUACCCUUUAAAGCUCCCAGCAAAGGAAAACUGAAUGAAAAGACCAUAAACACAAAGACCUUCGAGAAAGUUUUACCUCUGAUUUCGGUGCUUGUUGUGGAAGAUAACUCUAUUAACCAAGCUAUCUUAGGAGCCUUUUUAAGGAAGCAUAAGAUUCAUUAUGAAAUCGCAAAGAACGGGCAGGAGGCAGUGGAUAAGUGGCGUAAGGGCGGGUUUCAUCUAGUGCUCAUGGACAUUCAACUACCUGUAAAGUCUGGUAUUGAGGCUACAAAAGAAAUUCGAUACUUAGAAAGAAUUAACCGCAUUGGUGUGUUUGCACAGCAUGAACUAUCAGGUGCCAAUAACAGCCCCCUUGUGAAAGAAGAAGAGAAUCUAGACCUCAAAGUUUUCAGGUCGCCUGUGAUAAUAGUAGCAUUGACAGCUUCUUCCAAUUCAUCAGUUGACAAAAACAAUGCUUUGACAGCAGGAUGCAAUGACUUUUUGACGAAACCUGUGAAUCUUGUGUGGCUUCAGAACAAAAUUACAGAAUGGGGAUGCAUGCAGUCAUUAAUCAACUUUGAUAGGUGGCGUGCAAAAGGCUCUACAGGAGAUAGCACUACACUGGAUAACCUAAAACCUUCUAAAGCAAAACCUUUAACGUCGGGACGUCAAGAGAAGGUGUCAGCAAUGUGA